UCACAGACAAACCAUUCUAAGCGAGGCCCGUUCUCUCCAUCGGCUCGGUCCGAUCCCAGCGCACGCGCGGGCGAGAAGUUGAGCAUGUACGCGCCGCGCGAGUCCUCAGAGCAACCAACAACGACGCGAAGAGUAUAGUAGAAAAAUAUGUAUAUCAUGCCAAUUUAAUUUCUGCUUCACAUAGCAUUUGUCAGUGCACAGCCGUCCGUGUUGUAGAAUAGAUGCUUCGGGUCCUAGCAUUGUAUUUCCGAACCGUGCGCGUGCUUUGCUCUCCUCAUUACGUGGUGACUGGGACUGGGGACGGAAUUGAUACGGUGCGUCACGAUCGAUUGGCGGUGCCCUGCUUCGACCAUCAGAGACCACCGGCCGCACUUGCGCAUUCCCAGGAACUCGUGAAUUGAGAAUAGAAGGGAGGUGUCUUACCCACAGUUCCAAGAGAAGGUGGUUGAGUGACCUUGUGUGGCUGAAAAGGGGUAGAGUGAGAGUGCAGACUGUGAAGAUCUUGAACUAGUUACCGCCUCGAAGUAGGACUUAGUCAACCGGAAAAUAUUUGCUCAAACAGAAAUUAAUGAGACUUGUGAAGCUUCGUUGGGUGGUUUUGCGGAGAAGAAAGCGCAUAGAAGGUCACGUAUAUUGAUUUUGCCUAUUUGGGUCCGCUACCGGAAGCACCGUUUUGCAAAACAAAGUGAACCAAUAAUUGUCCACAAUGGACCAAUUUACGCAACUGAACGCCGAACAAGAGACCGCCGCCGGUAAACAAUAUGGUUUAUGCUUAAGCUCCUCUGGAAUGCAGCAUUGAGUGAAAGUACUUCAGCAAAGGACGAUGAUUGUGCACUAGGACCUCAGUAACGAAACGACCCACUACAGGACUCUAGGUGUAACGUUAGGCUACUUGGUAAUGUUUCUUUUCGAUACUUCGUGCCAGAGGGAAGUAUAAGAAGAAGAAACGGAAAAGUAAACUCCAGUGCUGCGGAAAACAUCGAGAGCCCGCCGGAAGGAAACAUGCAGUGAUUCGAUUGCAAAAGGCAAAAUAGCUUGUGCUGACGGUCAUCAUCGAGUGCGAAGGCGUGCUUCAGAGAGCGAGCUGUGGAGCAGAAACACGGAGUUCGAAGGCGAAAAUUAUUCAUUUUGUGGCUGACGUAAACAAAUUCACUGCACAUUCCAGUAGGAUGGAACAAAUUGUAAAUUUGUUUGUUUGCUUCCUGAUGAUUGGAGACCGGCAAGACGACAACCGGGACGGUGUGGAGAGGCGACACCACGCGCGACAGGAGAGGAGGACUUUUGGAUAGGACAGUGGAGUGAACGGUUGAAUAUUUCGGGUGUGAGAAUUAUAACAAAAUUUGUGAGUGAAAUAAUACGAAAUAAAUAUCAGAAAUUAGAUCCCAACAACUGGCGACGAGCGGGAGCAACUGUGAAAGAUUUCAACAAUUGACAGUGUCUACAGCUAUCCUACACCAAGUGAUAUUCUAUCAGGGAAAGAGUUCCUAUCGAUUCUAAUGGAUUCGGAUUCUCGAAGCAGUAGAAAUAAUAACUACGCUAGCCGAAGUACAGACGUUCAGCGAACUACAGUGGCAGCUCAUCCAUAUCGAGGGUCACGCAAGUUUAGUCAGUUUUACUACGGACGUGCCGAAGAGGAGGAGAGCAUUCUACCGAUUGAAGCGCUAUUCAGUUCUCAUGAAGACACGCCUCGUAGCGGGGCACGAUCAUAUGACUUUAGGAGUAGGACUCGAUCGCGGAGUGGGAAGGCAACACCCAGAACAACGACCACAACGGAAGCCAUCGAAGGAAUGGAAAACUUGGAAGUAGCUGCAAGUGAGAUCAGUCUAAGUUCCAUUGGUACGACGGAAAAUGAAAUGGUGGACAGCACAAUGUCAACUAUAGAGCUUUCUAUGGGAACUGAUACUGCAAGCAGCGCCACAAUUACAAGUACUGUGCCAACUACUGUCCUCGCUAGUCAUCAAACCGAAGAGCCUCCGAAGAACAAUCAAGCCUUCCAAAUGAAUGAGGAAGAUCGUUCGGUACAUUCGAACUCCUUUCGAAGUGAGUUCAUGAUCGAAGAAAGUGGUCCAUCAGUAGGGCUGGACCAAACCGAGCCUGAACGAGUGGAGUCGAGUAAUAUCCAUCGAGUUAUGACGACGUUGGACUCCGAGCAGAUCCAUAUGCAACCAACCCGUGGACGGAUGCAUAGAAAACAGGACCCACUUGCAUCUCGUCAGACGGUUAUUUACCACGACAAGAAAACUGAGAGUGAUCAACCUCGUUCCGUUUCUUACAGCUAUAUUGGUGAAACAGCACCAACGCUCAAAACUUGGAAAGAUAUCGACGAAGAAUAUCUCUCAAAUGGAAAAGCAUCCUCUAAUACAACGGAAGCACCGUUAAAACCGAUGGUUAAUGAACCAUUAUACCCCGGUUCUCCCAUGAUUUGGUCUGAACCCGAGAAAAACUAUAGUGAACCGGCUAAAGUAUGGUCGGAACCUGCAAAAAUCUAUUCAGAACCAGCAAAAUUUUACUCCGAGCCAUCCAGAAUCUAUUCUGAACCAGCAAAAAUAUACUCUGAACCAGCUAAGAUCUACUCUAAACCUUCUAGUUUUUGGCAAACGGCUUAUGAUAAUCCUCCUUCCAGAGCGUCUCCUGCCCCGGUGCAAACAACGACAGAGCCUCCUACCAGCCCGAAGCGAAUCGUAUUCAACGACCUGGACAAGAUUCCAUACGACGAACUCAACGCACCGGCAGAUGCGGAAGAACGCAGCUCUAUUCACAACGCGAUAGGAAAGUUCAUACCCAAACAGGUACACGAGCCUCCAAAGAAGAAUCUCAACAAACCUACUCCUGAUCCCACGGAGGUUAUAGAUCCGUACGUCGAAAAGCAAGGAGCCGGCAAUGGGAGCACUCCGAACGUAGUGCAGACCCUGGCGCCCGUAUCUGGAUCAACGGAUGACUCUAAAGUGGGUUACGUAGUGGAAGGGCGAAACUAUCGCAAAUACCGCGUCGAGGAGAAAACAUCCGAUGGCUUCAUUGUCGGAGAGUACGGAGUCCUCAGCCACAACGACGGAAACCUUCGAGGGGUACGCUAUACCGCGGACUCCGACAUAAACCCACGCCUAAUAUAUGAUGCGCUAGUAAAGUUUCUCUCGCUUUGAAGGGUGAUUCACAUGGUAUGAAGGUAACUGUUGCCAAAUAAAGUCAGCUCUCUUCCAAAUGGAUGGAAAUCAAGAGCAUUAGUUGAGUGCGGACCCCAAAGGGGGAGAGUAAAGAUAAUCUAAGUCGAUGCCAUACAAACACAUUUCUGCAACAACGUAUUUGUAAGAUUUAGGAACGUAGUCAUAGGAAUACAACACGAAACUUUCUCUAAAUUUAGCUAGAUUUAACACAUAGCAAUUGGAUCGCGUCAAACGAAAAGUGUAAUUGAAUGUGAUAGUAGACUAUUAAUUUAUUAGAUAGAAAUCGUAAACAUAAUGCUAAUCCAUGAAAACAGCACGUCCACUGCUCAAAUCACCAUGGUAUAUCACUCUCUUGGAACCUAUUCUUGCCAUAUUGUGAGUCGCACUGAAUGUUAGAUAAUAUUAUCAGUAAGAUAAUAUGCAAAACCGAAAAGCAGUUGUACAUUCUUGUAUUGAAGACCGGUAAAAUAAUAAACAGUUUCAUUGCAGUAGAAGCUCAACAACAUGUCUUUCAUUUGCCUUUUUUCUUUGUUUCAAAUCUUAAACAGACAAAUCCCCAAAACGCCGAAAAAUCGUAGCUUGAUCCACUAAAUCCGUUCAAUGUGUUUUUAUCCCACAUCUCAGAACAUAUCACCGGCUGCGCGUGGGAGUUAAUGUUUCACUUAUUGAGCUGUACUUAUUCAGCAUACCUUUGUCAUGAAUCAAAAUGAUUGCGAUCCUCGCUUGCUCCUACUACUGAGCUGAGGCGGGUUCUUUUUAACGGGGAUUUGAUACAAUUAUUAUGAUCAACCAUUUUGACGUUCCUCAACCCCUUUGGCUCCUUCUUUGGCACAGUCAGUGCUCAAGGCGUGACUCAACGGGCGAAUUUUGUGAAUUAUGAUUGGUAAUAAAUCAUACUGCUGUCUGUCUGUUUGGCUUCCCCCAUUUGGGUGCGGGUGGAGGAAUAUUUACAAAACCUGACGGAACCGCUAUCAAGUAUUGUGAUGGAUGAAUGAAGUUGUUUUGAACGAAAUAAUGGUAUAACGGUAACGAUUGGAAUAUGGGGUUUUGACUUCAUUGGGUAUGUAGUGUAGAGGAAAAUAAGAAACAGUUAGCUAUCAACAUAGUUACAGUAUUUGCCUGCAUAUAGUUCCAGAAUAAGACCGACCCAUUACUGUUAUGCAUGUAGUAUUAUGUAGUAUUGUCAUGUAGGGGUAAGAGGGAGGGCCCAUACAAACAAUCGCGAUCAUAUAUUCAAAACCUGGCUGCUGUUUGGCACGGGCGUAGGAUGAUCUUCUCGAACACCUUCCCGUCCGUGUCGAUCAAACAAGCAUACUGUCGGCAUACUGACAGAUCUCCGGGUGGUUUCCCCGCCGUUGGCAAUUAGAACAGGCUCUGUCACUUCCAUAGCAAACCUCUCUGUCAUAGCAUAGCAAACCUCAACAUCUCGGGGGCCUUACUCACUACUUACUGACUUUCAAUCCUGAGCAGCCAAGGUGGUGCAGAGGGCCAAAAUGAAGACUUCCAUACUGGAUGAUUGCCCGUCAUCGCCUUCACCUGUACCCAGGUAAAAUUUAUGUCGAUUAGCUUUAUUUCGCUGUUGAGGCUGCGCCACCAUGAGCCUCUGGGCCUGCCUCUGCUGUGAUGUCCUACCUAUUGGGUUCCAAUCUAAAGCUUGCUUGCAGAUUUCGUUUCCGUCCCUGCGCAGAGUGUGGCCGACCCACCACCACUUUCGUUCCCGAAUAUAUGUAGCUAUCGGCGCCAUCGGCCAUCGCACCUACCAGAAUCUCAUCGAUAACGAUGAGGAACAGUAGCAGUUACAGUACACUUCCUUGC